UGUUUUGUUAGGAGGAGAUCAGAGAUGCCUGGGCAGGCAUGGGAGGAGAUGUUAGUUUUCUAAGGGUUUUUUUUUCUUUUUGGGCAAACGACUCAAAAAUUUGUGGUUUUGGUCAGAGAGGAGAAGGUGCUUGUGCUGUGAUCUCUGAAGGAUAUUCUCCCCAACGCUGUCCUUCUAAGCAGGUGAAAUGACCGUCACAUACACAGCCCGGGUGGCAAAAGCCCGUUUUGGCGGAUUUUAUAAGCUGUUGCUGCUAUGGAGGGGGAGUAUAUAUAAAUUGUUGUACAAAGAAUUUUUGGCAUUUUUCUUCAUGUACGCAUCCCUCAGCAUCACUUACAGGUUCUUUCUAUCAGAUGAGCAGAAACGUUGUUUUGAGAAAGUGUCGAUCUACUGCAAUAACUACGCAAACUUGAUUCCAGUGUCCUUCGUCCUGGGUUUUUAUGUUACGCUGGUAGUGAAUCGGUGGUGGAAUCAGUAUCUCUGUAUGCCGUUUCCGGACCGUGUGAUGUGCGCGAUCUCCGGCACUGUACAUGGGACAGAUGAAAGGGGACGAUUAUACAGACGAACGCUAAUGCGCUAUUGUAGCCUGUCUGGGCUUCUUAUCUUGCGUUCUGUCAGUACUGCUGCCUUCAAGCGGUUCCCGACUAUAGAUCAUGUUGUGGAAGCUGGUUUUAUGACUCGUAAUGAAAGAAAGAAGUUUGAGAAUCUUCGCUCGUCUUAUAACAAAUAUUGGGUUCCGUGUGUGUGGUUUUGUAACCUGGCUGCGCAAGCACGGAAUGAGGGCAGAGUACAUGAUGACCAUGCUUUCAAUAUGCUCAUUGAGGAACUGAACAUAUUUCGAGGGAACUGUGGCAUGCUCUUUCAUUAUGACUGGAUCAGUGUCCCGCUAGUCUACACUCAGGUGGUGACGAUUGCUGUUUACAGCUUUUUCCUGACCUGUCUGAUUGGGCGCCAGUUUCUAGAAACUAAACAGGGCUACGCCGGCCACGAUCUGGAUCUGUAUGUCCCAGUCUUCACCUUGUUGCAGUUCUUUUUUUAUGCCGGAUGGCUGAAGGUUGCUGAGCAGCUCAUUAACCCAUUUGGAGAGGACGAUGAUGACUUUGAAACAAACUUAUUGAUUGACCGAAAUUUCCAGGUGUCUAUGAUGGCUGUAGAUGAGAUGUAUUCUGACCUUCCUCUGCUGGAAAAGGACCGUUACUGGAAUGACACCAAUCCAAGACCUCCGUACACUGCUGCCACAUUAUUCCAAAAACAUCUCCCAUCCUUCCAAGGUUCUACAUUUGACAUGGCGUUGGUUAAGGAAGACAUGCAGUUCCAACCUCUCACCGACAUCGAAGAGAUGAAUGAAGACACUCUACCUUAUCCUAUGCACCCCUGCAGCCGUCUCUUUUUGGGCGUUGGGCAAUCUCCACUUAUCUCCGCUGCAGGCCGAAGUGCACCUUUUGUUGUUCCUGGAAGCCGCUUUACUCUACUAAGGCGUUCAGUAAGCUCUGCCUCUGAAUCAUCAGACUUUGUUAUCCAAGAAACCAACGCAGAUUUCUCGUCCAACCCCAUGGUUGCCAUGUCAAAGCUAGCCCAGUGUUCCGCCAAGCCAGUGUUUCAUGUUGAGUCCCAAUCCUCCCUCCCACCUGCCGAUCAAUCUAUGUCAUGCGACAUGGACAAAGAAUGUGACCCUAUGGAGGAGGAGGAGGUCAAAGAUCUAUGUUCGGAAGCUUAGACUGGAACUGUAUGAGCAAAAGAGAACAUGUAGCUCGACAUAUUGACCUUGCCAUCAUUACGGUUUCUUUGCUGUAGGACCAGAUCGUGCUACAGACUGAUCUAACUCCAUUGACCUCUCUUUCCCCUACCUACUGGGUGACACACUCCCUUUUUUUACAAGGCUCACCACUCUGGAUAUCCAUCUCUUUGCUGAGCCCUUUUCACAGCUAAUCAACACUAAGGUCCAUGGAUUCCGGGAUAGGAGUUGGUGUUUUUAUUAUGUAACUUACUAACUAUGGAUUUACCAUUAUUUGUAUUAUUUUUUGUCCUUUUCAUCUUCGCCAUCUUUUUUUUUAAUAAGAAGGUAAAAAUUAAAUAAUAAUUCUAAUUGUAGGCUCUGCAAGUGAUUUGGAUUCUACACCCAGACAUGUUCUCUAGUCUAGGUGAAUGUUUGUUUGUUUUAAAGGGGCACUAAGUGAUACUAUUGCAAGUUGUCCUACUGGUCCUUUUCUCUCAGCACGGCCUACCCAUGAUAUAAUACAAUUUUAAAUGUCAAUUUUGUCUAAGCUAAUGUAAAACGGGGAAUAUUGUACAGAUAUGAUAUGCCACAUAACUACACGCAGAUGUAGUGAGUUUGUGCUUGGUGUCCCUUUUAAAGGUGAGUAAAUAUUCUGUAUUGGGUAGUGAUGGACUACCCAAUAUAUGUUGGUGGAAUUUCAAAAAUGCAGAUGGCUCUGGUUAUUUACUAGACUCUGGCCGUGCCUCCAAAAGGCAAAAUAUUGAUGAAAAAUAUUCUACCUCCCCUGUCAAAUUUCCCUACGUGGUGGUUGUGGCGUCCCACCAGCUAAUGACCUAGUGGGGGCAGGGACCAUUUCCUUUGCAUUAUAUGCAGAAAGUGAGUGAAGGACACUCCAGGCACCAGUACAUAUAUGAUAUAUUUAUUCUACAAGAUAAAAUAUUUAAUAUUUUUGCACAAAAAAAAAUUAAUGUUUUGCAGAAUGUUGCAGCAAAAACCUCCCACUUUGCCCCUACUCGUUAAUCCUGUCUGCCAAGUUUCAUGGAAGAUCCUUGUCUGAAUGAGGGAAUCAAGAGCAAUUGGCUCAAUCAUAGUUGGGCUUUAUCUUGUCUAUAAGUUUGUCCCGAGACGUGCGAAUAUAUAGUUUUAAAGUGGAGGGUUAAAAGACUCCUGGCCGCUAGGAAGGUAUGGGUAGCCAGUCAUCUAGAGUUGAAUGGUACUAAAGGAGGGACUAGUAAUAAUAAGCAAGUCACUGGAUUGAUGGAAAAUUCCAUCAUCUGAAAUGUGGUCCGCAGUUAUG